AUGGAAGAUCAACAGAGAGACGAGGGACCCUCCGAGUCGGGGCCAUCUGAAGCUUCUCAGCCAUCUCAAGUCGACCAACCCCAAUCCCAGGUCCCUCAAGAUCUUGUCGCCGUUACCGAGGGUCGAACUCUUCUCGCAGGCUCAGCCGCACCAACUCGCCCCCCACACUCGGGCUGGGAGAGCUCCAGCAUUGCAAUGGCCAAAUGCGACUUCUGCGACAAGCGCGGGCGAGGAACUGUCUACCGAUGCAAAGAGUGCCGGCUCUCAAUCUGCAAAGAAUGCUGUGACAACGGCUGUCUAGACCAAGACUCCAGACACACCCUCGACGCUAACUCGGUCGACUGGGACCUCCAUCUUCAGAAUAAAUCCAAGAGAGCGAAGAAGAUUGCGACUACAAACACCAGCACUCGGGGCCGCGGAGCCACCCGCGCGAGAGGUCGGGGCGGUCGAGCAAGACGGACGGUUUCUUCACGAGCAAUCACCGCUGAAGCUGGGACUGCCAGUCCAACGGUGACAAUAGCCAGCUACGAUGAGAGCAUGGGAGAGGCAGGGGACGGCUCGGAGCAAGAAGUCCUUGUUAGCAUCGCCCCAAGCCGACCUUCUUCGCAACAGCCUGCUGCCGCCACACAGGAGCAGAGUGGUGCACAACUGGCUCCAGCCCACCCCAUUGAAAUGCACCAGGUCCAGGCUCGCGGCCAACCACAGCCAAGCUCGUCAGGGACACGACCUCUACUCCCAAUGCAGCCUUCCUAUAGAGAUCGCCCUGCCGAGUUCAGACGUGGUCCUCGGCCAUCCUUGAUGCAAGACAACAGGCCCAUGCAACAGCAACUGCCUCGCGCUACUGCUCAUCGACCAAUUAUGCCUCGACCGAGCCAGUACCGCGAGGAGAGUGCCCCAUUCACUCCACGACCCCAGGAUCAGUUUAGUCGAGGUCUAGUAGGUCACCAGGGAUACGCAACCCAUCGGGACAGAGGGUACCGCUACCAACCCUACAGACUGCAUUCUCCUCGCCCAGGUCCAGCAUCGCAUACUCGGGAUGGAAGCCAGAGCCCUUACAACUACCGUCCUUCUGCGCCAUUCUCGCAGGACAGCAUUCCACCCAUUUAUCCUCUUCAGGCUGGGCCGUCCGCUGCGGUCUGGCCCAACAACGACUCAAGCGCCCGCCAUCAGGAGCCGCUUCAUAGAAACACUUACUCCCUUCCGCCUCUCCGAGACAUCCAUCGCUUAGCCCGUCCUCUCACUAACCAUCUUCCUCCGAUACGACAGCACCGGGAGUAUCAGCAACCUCCGCGCCCCGAGCCGCUGAUCAAUCGCAUUGGCAGCCAACUCGAGAUCGAUACACUCGCCACACACGCCGACUGCCCAACUUGGCCCCUCGACCAAUGCCUCCGUCACGAAGUUGCUCGCACCUGGUCUCGUCGCGGCGCACAGGCGAGUCUGCUUCGCGAGGCCCUACCUUCCAACGGCCCUGAAAACAUCGGCGAUACCUUCCGCGUCCUCCUUGGCGCAACCUACUUCGCCGCCAUCCACCUCCAGCUCGAAAUGCAAAAUGCCGCGCGCAUGUGGCUGAUUGAGACGCAAAGGCAGUUGUGUGACGAGGGGCUCAUGAUGCCUGUGCGGGCGGGCUACCAGUGA